CUCGAUGCGUUUGCCAUCGCCGCGCACGAAGUCCCCGAGCGGACCAAGAUACGGAGGAGCCGUCUAGGUGAGCUGGAAGAGGGGCCUGGUGCGUCAUCUACGCGGAGGAAAAGAAAUCGUGACGAGGAUGAAGAUGGCGAGGGUGACGAGGACGAGGAGGAACAGCCGAAGAGAAGGAGGAGAGGCGGGGAUGAUGAGGGGAGUGAUGAGGGGAGUGAUUCUGAGGGGAAUACGUGGACGGUGGGGCAGGUGGGUAGUGAGGAUGAUAGCGAUAUCGAUAGUGAUGAGGCGUUUGGGGAGAGUGAUGAGGAGAGGUUUGAGGGGUGGGCGUUUAGGGGGAGUAGUAGUGCGCAGGAUCGAGGGAAGGGGGUCAAGAGGAAGGGGAAGAGGAGGGUGGAAGAGGAGGAUGUGGAUAUGGAGGGGGAGAUAGAUCUGGAUGAGGAGAGUAGUGCCGACGGGGAGGAGGACGAGGAAGAGGACGAUUUGGGAGAAGAUGCGAUUGAUCUGGCUACAGCGUUGGAUCAGUAUGAGGAGAGUGAGGACGAGGAUGUGCACGACCGUAAGCAGAAAAAGGAUAAGAAGAACAAGAAGAAGCCAUCUGCAUUCGACGACAGCGAACCUAGCGAAGAAGACGAUUUUGCAGCCGAUGGCGCAGAUGACUUCUCCUCGUCCGAGGACGACGAUGAGGAUGAGGCUGACAAGACGGCGCGGCUCAGAGAUCUGAUUGCGUCGCUCCCAGCUGAGGAAGAGGGUACCGGCAGGAUCUCGCGCAAGGACGCCCAUGAAUCCGGAACCCCGUCCGAGUUUGGUGUCAUGCGCAAGGUGGAUCUUCUGAGCAUCAAGUCCAAGAUUUCGGAUCCUGAAAAGAGGAAGUCACUUAGGCUUCUACAAGACGACCUGAAGCCCUCAAAGCGAAACGACAUAGCGAGAAAGCUCGAUGCGCCACUUCCCAAGCGUCAGCAAGACAAGUUGGAUCGCGCUGCUGCGAACGAGAAGGCCAACGAGGUCCUGUCCCGCUGGGUGGAUACGGUCAAGAAGAACCGCCGUGCCGAGCAUCUCUCGUUCCCGCUCAAGAGCGCUUUUGAAAGCGAAUCCAUGGGCGAAAGCCGGCUUAUGCCCACCACUGCUACGGGACCUGCAAACGAACUCGAGAGUACCAUCCAGUCCAUCCUACAACAAAGUGGUCUCUCCAAUGGAAAAGAUGACGAAGAGCAGCUACAGAAGUGGGAGGAGUUGCAGACCAACAAGCUCCCGCUGGAAGAAGUCGCCAAACGCCGUGCUCAGCUCAGGCGAGAGCGCGAGCUCCUCUUCCGCGAGGAAGUGCGCGCCAAGCGGAUCAAGAAGAUCAAGAGCAAGUCGUAUCGCAGAGUACACAGGAAGGAGCGCGAGAGACUUGCGGAACGAGAACGCGAAGAGCUCAAAGCCCAAGGCGUCGAUGUAUCUGAGGAUGAGCGAGAGUACAACGACCGCCGCAGGGCCGAAGAGCGCAUGGGCGCCAAGCACCGUGAGAGCAGGUGGGCUAAGAGUGUCAAGAAAACAGGCCGAGCGGCCUGGGAUGAGGAUGCUCGGGCCAGUGUGAAUGAGCUGGCCAGACGAAACGAGGAGCUUCGUCGUCGCAUUGAAGGCAAGGAAAUCCGCGACGAGGAUGAAGAUCGCUCUGACUUCACGAGCGAUGAGGAAGAGGAUGAUGACUCGGAAGAGGACCCUAAGUCACUUAUACAGAAGCAGCUGAAGCGUCUGAAGGAGAAGAACCCGUUCACCACCGACGAGUCGAAGCUUGGUAACAUGAUGUUCAUGCAGAAAGCAGAGGCGGCAAGACGGCAGAGAAACGAUGAGGACAUCGAACGCAUGCGACGCGAGCUCGCUGGCGAGGAGAGUCACAGUGAGGAAGAAGAUGAGAAUUCCGCCAAAACGGGGCGCAUGAAGUUUGGCCCUACCAAGGCGGUCACGACAGCCAUCCAGCCUGUGCGCGGCGAAUUUGAGGAGAUGGCAGGGUCAGAUGAUGACGAGGAAGAAGCAAGAGUAGAAGCUGGCACAAACCCGGAGGAGCGUGCGGAACUGGCCACUACUGGACUCUCAAAUGGAUCGGCGAAGGCUAGCGCAACGACUUCUCAGGCGCAAGCGCAACAUGGCCCAAGUGGGCAGAAUGCCGACUUGAAGACUGCCGUAAAAAGUAACUCCGGAAAGCAGCCCGACGCAUUGUGGAAAGCCCAUGACACCGUCUCCGCACUUCAGAAGAAAUCGAAGUCGAAAUCGAAGGCUAAGACUGCGGAGGACGACGACUUCCCCGAUGCCCACUACAGCGCCCCCGAUGCGGAUGGCUUCCAAACAGUCACGUAUGGCAAGAACUCCGACAACGAUGACGAUGAUACCGGAGACGAAGGCAUCAACCAUAACCAGGCUCUCGUAUCCGCCCUCUACGCAGGCGACAACGUGGAAGCCGAAUUUGAAGCCGAGAAGGCCGCACAAAUGGACGAAGAAGCGGAAAAGACAAUCACCACGCAUCUCCCCGGCUGGGGCGCCUGGGUGGGCGACGGGCUCACCAAGAACGAAAAGAAGAACAAGGGCAAGAAGUCGGUCACCAAGCAAGAAGGCGUCAAGAUCAGCAAGCGCAAGGACCUGACACUGGAGAAGGUCAUCAUCAACGAGAGGAAGAUCAAGAAGAAUUCCAAGUUCCUCGCGACGCAGCUGCCGUUCCCGUUCGAGACGAGGGAGCAGUAUGAGCGCAGUUUGAGGGUGCCGCAGGGUAAGGAGUGGACUACCAAGAUGACGUUCCAGGAGGCAACGAAGCCACGGGUGUUGCUCAAGCAAGGCAUUAUUACGCCCAUGAAGAAGCCUAUGGUUUAA